AUGAUUAAAAAGGUCAACAACAGCUACGGAACAGGUUACCACAGGUCCGAAACAGAUACGGGAAGGGCGAUGACACUUUUGGCAGUAACGUUAGAUAUACAGGACCUAAAGGACGCUCAAGGAUUCAUCGCUAAAGAAAUUGCAAUUUACGAAGGAAAUCAAAUAGCCCACUACAUAAUGAAGCCGCCGAGAGAUUUUUUACGUUUACUCAAGCUGAUAAGCGAAACUAUCGAGGGACCAGCGCAAGACACCGCAACGGAGUGGGACCUAAUUCUGCCGUGUAAUACUAAAUUGGAGUCGCGCAAUAAAGAGAUCAAUAGAACAAUAGACAAAUUUGGGGCCAAACAUGGUCUUACGGCUCAAAACAAGAGAGAAGGUGAAGUUGCCAUCAUGGUGCACUCCGUGGGCUUUCCUGACGUUAGUGGAAAAUUAGUGCAGUCCACUAGGUGGAUAUUCUACCCUAUCUUGAGCGAAAAAUCCACUCAGUCAGAAGUGGGCGACUCAGAGAUGUUCGAGGCUCUACGCAGGAUCAAAAUCCAAGUCAUAAAACAGGAUAGAACUAAUAUAGCGAUUCUCGAUAACGAUGAGAUCACCGGAACCAUAAUGACACGAAUGCUGCAGUUCUUAUUCUGCGAUACGCCAGUACGUAUUGCAAAAAUUCGACGAGAACAGUACCAGCCAAGCCAGCAUAUAAAACGCAACAAAGAGACGAAUCCGAGGAAACCCAAGGAAGAUGCGCUGCUGAUAGAAAUGAAAGACACGAGCUUUGCGGACCUCCUUAAGGCCGUUAAAACUGCUGUAGAUCCUAGCGCCAUAGGCGUCGACAUUGGACAACUUAGAAAAACAAGAAACGGCCAAGUCUUACUUACCGUCAGUAAUGGAUCCGAUCGAGCUGAACUGCUAAAAAGGGAAAUUGGUGAAAAGGUACCCGGAGCCACUGCACAUUUGCUAAAAAGCAAAAAAGUUGUCCACGUUAAAGACAUGGACGAAGUUACUACAACUGACGAGAUCAAAGAGGCUGUUUCUAAGGCAACGGGCACCAACCCCAGUAAUGUAGACGUAAGAGCUCUCAGACCAGCUUACGGAGGCAGGCAAUUGCAGAGAGAAGACCGAUGCUUCAGAUGCUGGGGAUUAGGGCAUGUCAAGUCGCAAUGUAAAGGGCCAGAUAGAGAAAAAUUAUGUCGGAAAUGUGGGCACGAGGGCCACAAAGCAGAUACAUGCUCGAAUAAACCAUUCUGCCUCCAAUGCGGCGGUAGCGCCAAAGAACGCAACCGCACCCACACAAUCAUCAGAUUCCUCCAAAUAAAUACCAACAAAAGUCGCGCAGCCCAAGAUCUGGCGCUGGCAACCGCGAUAGACAUGCAAGCAGAAGUGUUGAUAGUAAGCGAACCCAACAGAAUCGCCAUUCAGAAUAGAAAGGACUGGAUUAAGGAUAACGAGCAGGGUAGCGGUUCCGGAUAUUGCUUUAUAGAAACGGUAGACUUUACCAUUUAUAGUUGUUAUUUCUCCGGCAACGACGAGAUUGAUCAACUGGACGAGGCCCUAUUUGAAAUCGGCAGGAUGGUGCAAGGCAACAACGAAAAGGCUAUCAUUGCUGGGGACUUUAAUGCCAAAUCUACGGAGUGGGGUAUGACGCAUACUGACGCGAGGGGCGAAAUGGUCACAGAGUGGAUGGCCGCCAACGGCUUAAUCACUGUAAACCAGGGAAACUCGCCAACGUUUCAAAGCCAAGGCUACGGUUCGAUUCUUGAUCUCACCAUAGUGACUGAAGGCAUCAGGAUGAAAAUCGGACAAUGGAGAGUAGUUGAAACAGAAACGUUAAGUGAUCACAACUACAUAACUUUUGAAGUAAAAAAUAGUGACCCGACAGUGGUACGAAAUAAGCUUCACAAUGCAAUCGGGUCGCUUGGCGAAGACGGACCAUCGGCAAGAGAUUUCUCAGAAGAGUUGGCAACGCUGUGUGACAUCUCAAUGCCAAAGAAAAGGAGUUUCAGGAACAAACAGCCUGCGUACUGGUGGAACAGCGAAAUAGCGGAACUUCGUAGAGACUGUAUAAAUAAGCGAUGGAAAUACACAAGAACUGUCAAACAUGGCAUUAUUCGAGAUACACCAAGAACAUGGGAGGAAUACAGAGAAAGCAAGAUAGCGCUCAGAGACAAAAUCAAGAAGGCAAAGAAAGAGUGCUGGACGCGGCUCCUUGACGACGUUGAUCGUGACAUCUGGGGCGAUGGUUACAAAAUCGCGAUGAAGAGCCUUUUUGGAUUUCCGCCACGACCUAACCUAAGCAUGGAAGCAACAGAGAAGAUCGUACGACAUCUAUUUCCGUGUCAUGACGCGGUAUCAUUUGCUCGCGACGAUGGUGCGAAGCCUGUAGUAUUCACCGUGGAUGAACUAAGCAACGCUGCUGCGAAACUUAAGAACAAGAAGGCGGCAGGCCCUGGAGGGGUCCCGGCCGAAAUCCUUAAGGAGUUGGUGGCGACAAAGCCUGAAUAUGUUUUAGCCACCUAUAAUAAGCUAGCAGAAAAAAGCUGCUUUCCAGCGGAGUGGAAGGCAGCUAGGAUGAUCCUGCUGAGGAAAGGCGACCACACGCUGGAGAACCCAUCGUCCUAUAGACCAAUCUGCCUGCUGGAUGCAGAGGGAAAACUUUACGAGCAACUAGUGAUUGCACGCCUGCACAGGGAAAUUGAGCGUACUGGUGGUCUGUCGGCUAGGCAGUAUGGCUUCAGGAGCGGUAGACAAACAGUUGAUGCCAUAGCAAGGGUUAUUGAAAUCUCCAACAAGGCUUCAAAUUUCGCGCAUGAAAAUCGUAGACUGGCGGUUAUAAUAACUCUUGAUGUCCGAAAUGCCUUUAAUAGUGCCUCGUGGCAAUUAAUCCUGGAGGAAUUAAGAAAGCGCCAAAUGGACGAAGGCUUAAUAAACUUAAUAGCGUCACACCUCUCUGACAGGGAGAUCCUACUGGAGGCACAGGGACAGGCAAACGGGAUCGGCUUAACAAGCGGAGUACCACAGGGCUCGGUCCUUGGACCCACACUGUGGAACGAGCUCUAUGAUGGGCUUUUUGCGUUGGAGAUGCCAAACGGAGUGACACUAAUAGGGUUUGCCGACGACAUCGGCAUGAUUGUGGUAGCAAAGAACGAGGAGCUCCUGAUGUGCAACGCAAACACGGCGCUACAGAGAGUUACGCGAUGGCUCGAGCAGAGACGGUUGGCCCUAGCGCCGGAGAAAACCAAAGCAGUGUUGCUAACCAAAAAACGGAAGAUAGGCCACGUUGUUUUCAAUGUUAUGGGGAGUGAGAUUGGCUUGAGUGACGCUGUCAAAUACCUGGGAGUGUGGCUUGACAGAAAGCUAAGCUUCGCUGAGCACGUAAAGCGAACUGUGCAAAAGGCAGAAAAAACGACUUCUGCGCUGUUGUGUCUAAUGCCAAACAUAGGUGGACCAAGAUCAUCCAAACGGAGACUUCUAGCGAGCGUGGUACACUCUCAGAUACUCUGUGUUAUCAACACUACAAAGAAAGCUAUCACUGAGAGUGUGCAGCGCGUACAGAACGGUGUCCACGUAGGGAAUUGGCGUAAUAGCGGGGAUCCCGCCGAUAGCGCUACUUAUAGAGGAACGGCGGCAAAGAUACUCAGGAGCAACAAAAAACGAAGCACGAAAUAUCCUCCAAACCAGCUGGCCAAAGAAAUGGGACACGGGGACCUAUGGCCGAUGGACACACCAGCUCUAUCGGGGCAUGGUUGCUUUGGAAAAUAUCUGUCCGACCGAGGACGCGCCCAGACCAGUGACUGUCAGUACUGCGGCCUGUUGGACGACGUGGAGCACACACUGUUUCACAGCCACAGGUGGAAGGAACAAAGAACUAUGUACUCAUGUACAACAGGUACCAACUUCAACCCGCGCAACAUGAUGGCAAGCCUGAUGGGUGAAGAAAAUACGUGGAGGGAGGCGUACAGAGUGAUUCGGAAAAUUAUCGAGACCAAGGAGAGAGAUAUUAGGGCAAACCGUAGUACAUAG